AUGAGUCGAAUGCCACCGAAAAAAUCGAACCUCAGCAACGCGCGGAGCAGAGAGGCACGACGCAAACGUGCUGAAAGAGCUCAUCUGUCGACAGAACAAAUCUCAACAAGGAAUGCAGCUCAAAACAUCAGGACAGCGGAGGGUCGUGCACAAGAAUCUCAAGAACAGCGUGACGAACGUCUGCGACAGACUAUUGCGAGAACAAGAGCGGCACGAGAACAAAACAUAGCUACAGCACGAGCACAAGAACGACAGAGGCAGCGGACCAGCCGCUCAUUAACACGUGCAUCAUUUGUUCGUCUUGCUUUCGAAUAUGCACCAAAUAUUAACUACUCUGCGCAUUCAAAAAUUGCUAUCGGUGCAAUGGAUAAAGUAUGUCAAUAUUGUCAGGCAUUGAAAUUUCAGAAUGAAACACCCGGCAUGUGCUGCGCAUCAGGAAAAGUUGUGCUGUCAUCUCUUCCUACUCCGCCGGAACCUUUAUUAUCCCUUCUUGCUGGCGAUUCAGAUGAUUCAAAAUUAUUUUUGCGUAAGAUACGCAAAUUUAAUUCUUGCUUCCAAAUGACGUCAUUUGGGGCAACUAAAAUUUGCGAUCUCGCAUCCGAUGGACGUAAUUUUGAAACUACAUUCAAAAUACAAGGCCAGGUGUACCAUAAAAUCGGGUCAUUGAUGCCAAUGCCUGAUAAUGAUCCGAAAUUUCUUCAAAUUUAUUUUAUGGGCAAUUGUGAAGAGCGCGUGACAACUCGGUGCCAGUAUAAUUUCAUUGAACAAGCAGAGGAAAGAGCAAUUGUGAUAUUGCUGGAAAAUUUUUUAGAAGAUCAGAAUCAACUAAUUCAAUUGAUUAAAAGAGUUUCGCCACGAUUGCAAAAUGACAACUAUCAAAUCGUCAUAAAAGCCGACAAAGUCCCAUUAGGUGAACAUGCUGGCAGAUUCAACGCUCCAACUCUUGAUGAGGUUGCUGUUAUUAUAGUUGAUGAUCCAGUUGACAAAAGAGCUAUAAAAAUUACACGGCGAGACAACACUGUUAGUACGAUUUCGGAUCUACACCGUUCAUAUGACGCAUUGCAAUAUCCAUUAAUAUUGUGGCAAGGACAGGAUGAAUAUCACCUUAACAUCAAACAGUGUGAUCCAAAUACCGGUGCUCAAAGAGAUAAAAAAGUUAGUUCAAUGAACUACUACGCACACCGAUUGAUGAUUAGACAUAAUCAGGACAACUACAUCCAUCGAUAUCGUCAGCUAUUCCAUCAAUACAUUGUUGAUAUGUAUGCUAAGGUUGAAAGCAAACGCUUGCGAUUCAUUCGAUACAACCAGGCUAAAUUACGAUCAGAAGAAUACAUUCACUUACGAGAUGUUGUUGUUGGAAACAUCGACGGAAAUUUAAACCCCAAUGACAUCGGUAAUGCUUUCAUUUUACCUUCAAGCUACAUCGGCAGUCCACGGAACAUGCAGGAAUACAUACAAGAUGCGAUGACUUACGUACGUCAUUACGGCCGACCAGAUUUGUUUAUAACAUUCACAUGCAAUCCGAAUUGGAAAGAGAUACAAACUUUACUAUUACCAGGACAAAAAGUAAUUCAUCGUCAUGAUAUAACUGCACUUUUUGGUAUCACACGUUGUUGGCUGUAUUCGAUUGAGUGGCAAAAGCGAGGUUUGCCUCAUGCCCACAUUUUAAUUUGGCUUCAAGAUAAAAUCCGUCCAGAAGAAAUUGAUCAAAUAAUUUCAGCUGAAAUUCCAGACCGAUCAAUUGAUCAAGAAUUAUUUGAUAUUGUUACCAAACACAUGAUCCACGGGCCGUGCGGUGCUUUCAACAUGACAUUACCAUGCAUGGAAAAUGGAAAAUGUAAGAAAAAUUUCCCAAAGCCGCAUACGAAUGACACUAUCACGGAUAUUGACGGUUAUCCAAUGUAUCGACGCAGAAAUACUGAGAAUGGUGGCCACACAUUCACGAUGCGACUGCCGAAUUCUACAAAUCAAGUAGAAUUUGAUAAUCGGUGGGUGGUACCAUACUCACCAUUACUUUCAAAAACUUAUGAGGCUCAUAUCAAUGUCGAGCUUUGCAGUUCUGUAAAAUCAAUUAAAUACAUUUGUAAAUAUGUAAAUAAAGGCAGUGAUUUGGCCAUGUUUGGAGUACAAAAUGUAAAUGAAAAUGACGAAAUUACACGAUACCAAAUGGGUAGAUACAUCAGCAGCAACGAAGCUAUUUGGCAUAUUCUUAGCUUUUCCAUACACGAAAGAGACCCUGCUGUCCAGCAUCUAGCAAUACAUCUUGAAAACGGUCAACGUGUAUACUUCACUGAAGAAAAUGUUCUCCAAAGAGCGCUUGAGGCUCCAAAAACGACACUAACUGAGUUUUUUACAUUGUGUCAAAGAUCUGACAUUUUUGGCCAAUUCGCAAAGACAUUGAUAUAUACUGAUGUUCCACGUUAUUUCACAUGGAACAAAUCUGGUAAAAAAUGGGUGCCACGAAAACACGGAAAACCACAUCCUUCCGUUACAGGCAUAUUCAAAGCUAAGACAUUGGGGCGACUUUACACGGUAAAUCCAAAGCAACCACAAAUAUUUUCCGAACAAUUACUAGAUAUUGGGAACGGUAAAAUAGAACUGCAACCAAAUACGCAAUGCAUUAAACUGCCAGACAAUUUCUGCACUGUUCUUCACGGAAAAAAUGAAUUGAUUCAGAGUAUUUUCCCGGAUAUACAGAGUAAUUACUUGAAUCAUAACUGGCUCAGUGAUCGGGCUAUUUUGGCAGCCAAAAAUGUUGAAGUUGACGAAAUUAACUUCCAGAUACAACAGUUGUUACCAGGCGAUCUGAUGUCUUUUAAAUCAAUCGAUACUGUUGUUGAUGAAAAUGAAAGUGUAAAUUUUCCAAUUGAAUUUUUGAAUUCACUGGAUAUACCUGGAAUGCCACCACAUAAUCUUCGAUUAAAGAUUGGUUCACCUAUCAUUCUUUUGCGUAAUUUGAAUCCACCUCGAUUAUGCAACGGUACGCGUUUGGUCAUCAAAAAAAUCACCGGAAAUAUUCUUGAAGCAACCAUUUUAACUGGAAAGUUUAAAGGAGAAGUGGUCCUGUUGCCACGUAUUCCAAUGAUACCGUCAGAUUCUACGAUACCCUUCAGAAGGCUACAGUUUCCAAUUCGUUUAGCUUUUGCCAUGUCCAUAAAUAAGUCUCAAGGUCAAACAAUGUCCAUUUGUGGUUUAGAUUUGGAAAAUCCAU